UCCGAGUCCCACAGAUUCUCCAAUGUAUUGGUGUUGGUCUGUAACGGAAGGGCACCUCUACUGCUGGCCGCCGACGACGAAAUGGGAGCCCGGUCGUGGUUGUUGGCCCUGGACCUGACCGCCCAGAGCCGCAACACCGAUACGGGCCAAAUGUCGGUGAUGAGCACGAGUGCCAAAUACAUGUGGAAUAACAACUCGUGUCAAAACACAGUGUGUACGACACACUCGGACCGUCACAGCCAUCAUCACACGGCCGGUCAUCACACACACCACCAGAACUCCGAGUCCGACGACAGUACAAACGGGUCGGCCUGUAGUUGCGCUCCGGCUUUCGUACGCGAGUCGUCCGGUUUCUCAGACCCGACGCACGGC